AUGACGGAGAAGAAGAGUGAGGAGUUGGAGAAGGUGGAGUGCUGGCUGGCGAAGAAGUUCGACCACCUCUUGUUGUCUGUAGGCGAUGCAUCACCGGGAGGAUGCCACGCCCACGCUGCCGAUCUGACACAGUUUGGCGAAGUGAGUCAUGGGGUUACAUCACAUACUAAAGCAUUUCACGACGUCAUUGCUAAUCUCAGCGAAAACGCCUCCGAUGGGGGAAGCAUGCUCGUCGUUUCGCCGGUUCAGUGGCUCAUCGGACCUUUUAACCUCACCAGCCACUUCACUCUCUUCCUCCAAAGAGAUGCAGAUAUUGUCUCUAGCACAGACAUGGAUGAGUAUCCGAUUGCGGAGCCAUUUCUGUCUUAUGGAAGAGGAAGGGAUACUACUGGUGGAAGAUACAACAACUUCAUCUGGGAUACUAACCUCAUUGAUAUCAUCAUCGCAGGUAAAACGGGACAAUAA